CUUCAGAGAUAAACAACCCCGACUCGACUCAACUCAACUCAACUCCCAAAUCUGCAACUCCAACCUCUCCUCCCCUCUCUUCCCAUUAGCGUGCAGAUCUAUCCAUCCCGAUUUGGAUCGCCGCAGAUCGGAUUUAUGCACUCUUACUGCUUCCAGCGCCAGCCAUGCCGUGCAGCUUGGGAGGGCACGAGAGCUUGAGCAGUCGCGGCGAGGAGGAGGAGCCGGCCGGCGCCGCGCGGCGGCGGCAAUGUCCAGCAUGUCGGACUCGGGGGGCGGCGGCCGCGCGGGCGCGGAGCUGAUGGCGGAGCAGUUCCACCUCAAGGUGCUGCACGCCGUCCUCGCCGUGCGCUCCCCGCGCCCGCUCGCCGCGCCGGCGCCGCCCGCGGCCGCGUCGGCGUCGUUCCGCCGGCGCGACAGGUGGUUCCACCUCCCGCUCCACGACCCGCCGCCGCCCCCUUCCGCCGAGCGCCUCGAGGCGCCGGCCCCCGGGGAGCCGCUCGUGGUGGACAUCCACCUGGCUCCCGCCGGCAACGGCGGCGCCGGCGGGGAGGUGGUGGAGAGGUGGACGGUCGCGUGCGAGCCCUGGCCGGACGCCGCGGCGGCGGGCGAGGGGAUCGCCGUGAACCGGGCGUACAAGCGCUGCAUGACCCUGCUGCGGGCCGUGUACGCCACGCUCCGCCUGCUGCCGGCGUACCGCGUCUUCCAUGUCCUGCGCCGCGCCAGCGACUCGUACAACUACGAGAUGGGCUACCGCGUCGGCUCCUUCGCCGUGCCCUUCUCGCGCGACCAGGAGGCCGCCAUGCGCUCCCGCCGCUUCGUCCCCGUCGACACGCAGCCCGGCCGUCUCGUCGUCUCCGUGCAGUACCUCUCCAGCCUCGCCGGCUUCAAGCUGGAGAUCUCCUCCCUCUCGCCCUCCAUGUUGAUCCCCAACUACGCGGUCAGCCCAGCAGCUGAGCCCAUGCGCGCCUUCCCUGCUUCGCUCACGGAAGCCACGGGCUCUGCUUUCCCACAGUCCUAUCAGCAUCAUCAGCGCCCGCACAGCUGGGCGCAGCCUGCGCUCUGGCCCCAUGCGCCGGCUCAGCAAACCAGAUUCUCGCCUCCGCCAUUGCAUUACGCCUCACCAACACCAUCGCCCCCCAACUUCCCCGGUGGCUACCUGCAGUCACCUCUGAGGGGGAGAGGGGAGUCUGCACCGAUGACCAUACCCGGCGAGAGAAGGAGCCCCGUGCACCGUCAGAACAUGCUGGACCCAAUGCUGCCACCGCCAUCUCCGAGGAGAGGAGACAAGGGGGCAGCAGGUUCACAAGAGUCGCCAUCAGAUAUCAGCCGCUCAUUCGGGAGACUUCGGAUUGGGGAUCAGUAUGGGAGCUUGUCACCAGGAUCCAAGGGCAAGGACAGUAAAGAUGAAUCUGGAAGAUUCUCUGCACUCUCCUCGUGUGAUUCACCUCGGCAAGAUGAUCUAGAUGAUGCCGAUUAUCCUUUUGCUGUAGAUGAUGUCGAUCCACCAAUCUCUCGGCCUGGGAGCAGUGAUGGAAAAGAAGCUAGAGAUCAGUCAGGCUCGUCGUCACAUAAAUCACAAGAUGCGGCAGUUGGCUCUCUGGUUAAUUUGCUGAAAAGUGCACGCCCGCUGCGAGAUUCUAGUUAUUCGUCCCAGUCAGGGGCUGAGUCAAACGUGGCAGGCUCGACCAGUUCUGGCAUGUCUCGUAGAACAUCUGAUGCACUUGAGGAGCUCCAGUCUUUUAAAGCAAUCAGAGAGAGACUGCUGUCCGGGAGCAGAGCAAAAGAUGGGCAGUCACCGGAAACACCAUAGCACCGUUCUUUCUCUUGACUUCACCGCCGAAGAUCUCUAUGACAGAACCUCUGCUGAGGCGUUUGUGUAUAUAACUGAUGAAUUGUUGCUUUUAGUUGAAGAUAAGAUACAUGGCCCGAUUGAUUUCAGCGCAGGGAAUCUCAUCAUUCUUGAACUCUUUUAGAAGGAUUGUUGUCCGCAGCUGUGUGUUUAUACGCUCUUGUAUACCUGGGAAGUAACACGUAGGUGGGAGCCUUGGCUGAACCUUGCGCUCUUGUGUUGUGUGCGUGUGUAAAUUAUGUAACUAUGCUGAACCCAACUGUUCAUUAAACAUCAAUGUCAAGUACUGCUCGCCCUUCA